GAUGUCGUCACUUCCUCUGAGCGUCUGUCUUUAGAAGGAACUAUUAACACUGUUAAAAGAGGAGUGCACGUAGGACAAUGCAAGAAAAAGGGAAUUACGUUCAGUUCUAGAAAGAAAAACACGUUGACGUCUGCGCGGUUUGGAUACACCAUUGAUAUUACACUAGUUUGUUUUGGAUAUAUAGAAAUCAGAUUCAUAAGAUGACUGAUACAAUAAUGAGUAAAGCUGCAACUAUGGAAAUCCCAAUUAACAGCAAUGGAGAUACAGGAACCCUCCCUGAAGAUGACAGCCUGGAACAGGACUUGCAGCAAGUAAUGGUGUCCGGACCGAACCUUAAUGAGACCAAUAUUGUUUCAGGGGGCUAUGGAGGCACAGGAGAAGGGAUAUUGGCCCCUGGCUCCAUUAAAGCACCUAACAUGCAGCAAUCUCGUGGUGGUCAAGCAAUGACUACUGAAGAGGCAUCACGUGGUUUAGCUGUAGAGAAAUUUGACAUUAUGAAAAAGUGGGGUAUAAAUACUUACAAGUGUACAAAACAGUUGAUUUCUGAGCGAUUUGGCAAAGGAUCACGCACAGUGGAUCUGGAAUUGGAGGCUCAGAUAGAUGUAUUGAGAGACACAAAACGGAAAUAUGAGAAUAUCUUGCGAUUGGCAAGAGCUCUGACAAACCAUUUCUAUAGUAUGGUACAGACCCAGCGUGCACUCGGAGACACUUUUUCUGACCUGAGCCAGAAAUCCCCUGAGUUACAGGAUGAGUUUGGAUACAAUGCUGAGACGCAAAAGCUUCUGUGCAAGAAUGGAGAGACCUUACUUGGAGCAAUCAAUUUCUUUGUGUCGAGCAUAAACACACUAGUGAAUAAAACCAUGGAGGAUACACUAAUGACGGUCAAGAUGUAUGAAAAUGCAAGGCUGGAAUUUGAUGCUUACCGUGCAGAUUUAGAAGAGUUAAAUAUGGGUCCUCGAGAUGCCAUGACGCUAUCCCGCAUCGAAACAGCUCAGCAGCAAUUCCAUAUUCACAAGGGAAAGUAUGAAAGGUUGAGAAGUGAUGUUACCAUCAAACUAAAAUUCUUGGAAGAAAAUAAGGUGAAGGUUAUGCAUAAACAGCUCCUACUUUUCCAUAAUGCCAUUUCAGCAUACUUUGCAGGGAACCAGCAGCAACUUGAACAGACCAUCAAGCAGUUCAAUGUAAAGUUGAAGCCCCCUGGUGUGGAUAAGCCAUCCUGGCUGGAGGAACAAUGAGAAUCAUGCUGUGCAUAUCUGAAGAAACUUGAAAAAGCAUACUUAGAACACGGGUCCAGGAUAUUCCAGAGGUUAUCAAAUAGGAAAACAGACUUUCUGGCUCUCUUUCCAUCUUUCUUUUUCCCUCUUUCUCUUUUUGACAUUUAGAGAUCACAAAAUAUAUUAGAAAAUUCUGAAUCCUCUUUCUGUUUGUAAAGCAAAAGCAAAUGCAAACGCUAAGCAUUUAUGAUAUCUAGACCAGUCUAUAAUUUAAAAUAUAAUUAGUGUAAUAGUUCCUAAUUGGCUUAUAGUUUGAUUCAAACUAGACAUCCACAUUUGUUAGAACUAGACAAAUAUUAAGAGAUUUUAGAAUCAUGGUUAUGGGUUUUUUUUUGUAUUUUAUACACAUGAAAAGAUUUAUAUACAUUAUUGUGCUGGGGAUUAUUUUUAUCCCAGAUGAUUAUGCUAAUGUUCAGGGUUACAUACUGUAGAGAAAUAAGAUGCAUUAGAGCUAAUCAAGAUAAAGUCAACAAUGAUUUUCGAUUUUAAUCAUUUAAGGGCAAGUGUCACAUGUGUAAGGUGACAUUUCGAUGCCUCUGUGUUUUCAGAGAUCGUUAAUUUAGUUAACUUUUGAAUGCAUAAAAUAAAAUAUUUAAGACCUGGCAAGUAUAGUUUUGUUGAAAACUGCUGUUGCUCAUUAAGCAGACAAGAAUAAUGUUGGUGGUAUAACUGUGGGGCCCAGUCUCCCUCAUUCUUGACCCCAGGAUUAUCUGUACCAGUGUGCAGAUGAUGUGUUUGUCAUACAAACCACUUCACAACAUUUUAGCACAAAGUGCUCAUCAUCUAAUUGCUUAAAGCAGACAGUUUCACACACCUUUCUUGUAAAGCAAAAACAUGAAUGGUAAAGACUGUCUAAUAAAUUAUGCUGUUCCACUAAAAUGUUUUGUGCAUUUCAAUGUUUAUUUUUUGCACUAACCAAGGUUUUGAACAGUUAUGCAUUGUAUAUUAUAUAUUGUUUAAAAAAGCAGCUUACACAUACUUUAAUUCUAUUCAAAUACACUCCUUAACAUUUCUUAUUUUUUCCUUUAUGAAUCUCUUUAAUUAUAAAAUAGUGAGUUGUGGAAGGCAAACAUUUGUCUAAAAUAAAAUGAGACAAUUUUGCAAAACAAAAAAAGAAUUAAGGGAGGCAGUACAUUUAUAAAUCUAGACUCUUUGUAAAUAGUAUCACAGUGUGUUUUUACUGUGUAUAUAUCUUGAGUGAAUUUCACAGAUUCUCCCCAGAAGAAUAUUUUUGUUUCAGCAAUACUGUGUAUAUCUAUUAAUGUUUAAAAAUUUAUUGGUGAAGAACAUUGCAUGUAAUUUCUGCAACUACAAAAAUAAAAUGUGUAGCAAUUAUUAGUAUUGCUGUGGGUAGCAUUCCUUAUGUUUUUUGCACAACUAUAAGAAUAACUAAUUUCAGCAAAUUAAUAAAUUAUUGUCUUAAUAAAAUUCUGUUCCCUUUUAAACCAAUAAGAAA